CUCCAACUUCUGCCUCCGCGAGGGGAAAAGCAUCUGUUGAGAGGGCUGUUGGAAGAGGGCGCGCACUCUUUGCACUUUGGAGCAUCUGGAUACUAUUACGUCUUAUUAUUUUUUUUAGGAGCUGGACGACCACAUAAAGGAGCAGUCAGAGAGAAGUAAAGUUGUCCACAAGAAAAGGAAGGACGCACAAAACCAAAAAAAAGGAGCAGGAGAGAGGAGAGGUGACCCGGUCGAAGAAGCGACAUGUUUGGCAUGAUCAAAAAUUCGCUCUUCGGAAACACCGAGGAGACGGAGUAUAAAGUGCUCAGCAGCGAGACCAAGGAUGGAGUUAGCUUUGAGGUACGGCGGUACGAUGGUGCCAAAUACGCUGUCGUGUCCUCUGAGGGACGAACUUUUGACCAAGUGACGGGGGAGUUAGUGAGGAAGCUGCUCAUGUACAUCGGCGGGAGCAAUGAACAAAACGAGGCCAUGGGCACAGCGGCUCCCAUCAUCAUCACAGUGUACCCGCGCAACGACGGUGUUAUGUCUCGCCGUUUGGUGGUCGCCAUCCGCAUCCCAACCAACUACCAGAUCAGCCCCCCGACGCCCUCUGACAGUGCCAUCAAGAUCGAGGAGCGGCCCGGCAUGACUGUCUACGCUCUGCAGUUUGGAGGCUUCGCCGGGGAGAGCGAGUACCGAGCAGAGGCCUUGCGUUUGACGCGCACCCUGGGUGAGACGGCCCCCUUUCAGCGCAAGCAGUACUUCUGCUGCAGCUACGACCCGCCACUCAAGCCUUACGGACGCCGCAACGAGGUUUGGUUCCUACAGGAGGAGCCGUAGAAGCCGCUGGAUCCGAUCUGAGUCAAAUCUCAUGCUGAAUCCUUUAUUCUACUUUAACUGCCCUCUCAUUGCCGACAGUCCUGUAGCUCUAACAGUGUUGGAUUGGUAAGAGCAAUAUGGUGACCUGACAGACCUUUGAGCCCAAAUGGACAGAUAGAGAUUACCCAUGUUGCCUUUACCCAUCUGGUCUUCUGCUCGUCACUCAGUAACAGUAGCUACACUGAAUUUAGGCGUUCAAGCAGCAGGACAAUUUAAAAUUCAACAGGAGCAUUGUCCAAUUAACAUUUUUCUUUGUUUUUGUUUCUAAUUUAAAAUCUCCUGUAGCUCUGAUGAAAGUGAUUAACCCUUUGAAACCUGAGCAUAUUGGCUGGAUUUCUUUCAAAAACAUGGGAAGAAAGCAAU